CAAACUUAUUCUAGGCAACCAUCGCCUUCUCAACCUACCUCUCAUGCAUCACAAUCAUCAUCACCGCAGCUGCAGCAAACAUGUAGAAGAUUAGCAUCGCCUGAUCGUCGAUCUUUCAAUCAAAAUCAUUCACAUAAUCUUGAUG